CCCAGAAUUCAAGCACCAAUACGAGGGCGGAAGAAAAAAAAAAAAAGCAGAGAGUAGGGCGCGCGCGCGGCAGCGGCGGCGAGAGAAUAAAAGCAGCGGCAGUGGCAGAGGCGAGAGGCACUCGACUACUCGAGCGUCCAACGCCAACGCCAACGCCAACCCAACCCGAGCUCGCAAGCAAAGAAAGCGCUGUGCACGGCGCGGCGGGGCAACCAAAACCUCCCUGGGAAACCAAGGGUGAGCCUGCAGAGAGGGGCAACUCGCCGCCGUAAGCUUCCUCCCCCCAACCUUGAGCCACACGGGCGAGAGCACCGGUCGUAUAAGUUGAGCCAUGUCGGUGUCGUCGUCGCUGUCCAACUUCCUGCUCUGCUGCUUCUACCCGUCCGCCGGCCACCGCCACGGGCACCGCGGCGGCGCGUACUACUACAGCAGCCACCCGACGAGCGCCAACACCCUCUACUACCACGAGGGCCCCUUCGCCGGGCGCAGGAUGGGCCGGAGCAGCAGGCCGCUGUCGCUGCAGACGGUGGAGCUGAAGGUGCGGAUGUGCUGCUCGGGCUGCGAGCGGGUGGUGAAGCACGCGGUGAGUCGGCUGCGCGGUGUGGACUCGGUGGAGGUGGACGUGGAGAUGGAGAAGGUGACGGUGACGGGGUACGUAGACCGGCACCGGGUGCUCAAGGAGGUCCGGCGCGCCGGCAAGAAGGCGGAGUUCUGGCCCAACCCGGACCUGCCGCUGCACUUCACCUCCGCCAAGGACUACUUCCACGACGAGGAGUCGUACCGCCGCACCUACAACUACUACCGCCACGGCUACAACGGCGACAAGCACGGCCAGCUCCACGAGCCGCACCGCGGCGCCGACCCCGUCAGCAACAUGUUCAACGACGACGACGUCAACGCCUGCUCCAUCAUGUAGCUACUAAUAGCUAGUAGCCGCCGUUCUUCCUUGGAUCGGCCGGGCUGCUGCUCGCCACCCUGCUGAUGGGAGACCUGCAGCCCCGUUGUGGCGUUGUGUGAUCAUUGUGUGUGUAUGUGUUCUCACUUCUCAGAGAAUUAGCAGGGUAGUCAAGUGUGACAGAGAGGCGGUGUGUGCCUCUGUGCUCAUCAGCUCAUGCGUGUGUAACAAAUAUAAUGGAUGCUGCGAGUCGUUGCAACAUGCAUGGAAUGAGUAGCGGUGCCCUUUACGGGUUACAAUGUUACAUGAUGCAUGGAUGCAAUGCAAUUGGCAAUGUGCAAUGGCCACACUC